AUGGCAUUGCCUAUGUUACUUCUUCAUCUUACUUUUUUCACCUUCAAGGCUUUCUCUUCUCAUUCUCAUCCAGACAGAAUCAUUUCCCUCCCUGGACAAUAUCAAAACACAGCCUUUCAACAAUUCUCAGGCUAUGUCACUGUUGAUAAAGAAAAACAUAAGUCACUCUUUUACUAUUUUGCUGAAUCAGAAACUCACCCUUCUUCCAACCCUCUUGUUCUUUGGCUCAAUGGUGGACCUGGUUGUUCUUCUCUUGGAGUUGGUGCAUUCUCGGAAAAUGGACCCUUUAGGCCAAAUGGUGAUUUCCUUAACAAAAAUGAACAUAGUUGGAACAAAGAGGCUAAUAUGCUGUAUUUGGAGACACCAAUUGGAGUUGGAUUCUCUUAUGCAAAAGGUAGUUCUGCUUAUACAACUACAGUGAAUGAUGAGGAAACAGCUAGGGACAAUCUUGUAUUCUUGGAACGCUGGUUUGAUAAGUUUCCUCAAUAUAGAAACAGAGAUUUGUUUCUAACUGGUGAAAGUUAUGCAGGCCAUUAUGUUCCUCAACUUGCAAAGCUUAUGAUUGAAACGAACAAAAGAAACAAGAUAUUCAAUCUCAAAGGCAUAGCUUUGGGGAAUCCAGUUCUGGAAUAUGCAACUGAUUUCAAUUCAAGAGCUGAAUUCUUUUGGUCACAUGGACUGAUAUCUGAUUCAACUUACAAUAUGUUCACUAAAGUGUGUAAUUAUUCUCGCUAUGUUAGUGAGUAUAAUAGAGAUUCAGUUUCAUCUGUUUGUUCAAAUGUUAUGGGAUUGGUGAGCAAAGAAACUAGUAGAUUUGUGGACAAAUAUGAUGUGACUCUUGAUGUUUGUAUUUCCUCUCUGUUGUCACAAUCUAAGGUUAUUUCUCCUCAACCUCAACAAGCAAAUGAGAGGAUAGAUGUGUGUGUUGAUGACAAGGUUACAAACUACUUAAACAGGAGAGAUGUGCAAGAGGCACUUCAUGCAAAGCUCGUCGGAGUUCGCAAGUGGGAUGUCUGCAGCAAUGUUUUGGACUAUGAUGUGCUUAACUUGGAAGUGCCAACACUUCCUAUUGUUGGAUCACUGAUAAGAGCUGGAAUUAAGGUCCUAAUUUACAGUGGAGAUCAAGACUCAGUGAUUCCACUGACUGGAAGCAGAACCUUAGUUCAAAAACUGGCUAGACAAAUAGGACUGAAUACAACAGUUCCUUACAGAGUCUGGUUUGAGAGACAACAGGUUGGUGGAUGGACUCAAGUGUAUGGAAAUAUUCUGUCAUUUGCCACAGUGAGAGGUGCUGCACAUGAAGCUCCUUUCUCACAGCCAGAAAGAUCACUCGUGCUAUUCAAAUCAUUCUUGGAAGGAACCCCUUUGCCUGAAGUUUUCUGA